CCACGCCCCGCGCUACACCUUUUCACCAUGGGAAACACGAGCAGCGCCGUGCUGGAGAACAUCGUCCAGGGAUCGAACUUCGAUCGAGAUGAAGUGGACCGUCUACGCAAGCGCUUUAUGAAGCUGGACAAGGAUAAUUCCGGCACGAUCGAGCGCGAGGAGUUUCUCAGCCUCCCCCAGAUCUCAUCCAACCCUCUGGCCACGAGGAUGAUAGCGAUCUUCGACGAGGACGGCGGCGGCGACGUGGACUUCCAGGAAUUCGUGUCGGGACUCAGCGCGUUCUCCAGCAAGGGGAACAAGGAGCAGAAGCUGCGGUUCGCGUUCAAGGUCUACGAUAUCGAUCGGGAUGGGUACAUCAGCAAUGGCGAGCUGUUCAUCGUGCUCAAGAUGAUGGUGGGGAGUAACCUGAAGGAUCAGCAGCUGCAGCAGAUCGUGGACAAGACGAUCAUGGAGGCGGAUCUGGACCGCGAUGGCAAGAUCAGCUUCGAGGAGUUUACCAAGAUGGUGGAGAAUACGGAUGUCAGCAUGAGCAUGACAUUAGAUCAAUUCUAGCCUGGCUUCUCACGAUGACCGGAGCAGCAUAGACGAUAUCACGACCACUCAAUGUUUUGUAGUUCCGCCGCCGAGCUUGGGAAGGAGCAGUGCUCAGGGCGCCUGGGCGCCGGGGAGGGGCAUGAUCUAUAGAGUAUUAAUGGAGCUGGUGGAAGAAC